AUGCCUCAGGCGAUGCUGUCCCAACGCAUUUUGACCCGGCGCCUGCCCCAGGUGGCUGCCCGCUAUACCACUCCCCGCGCCUCAUUCUCUCAAGUCCGAUCUCUUGCGGCUGCCGAGCUUGACGAUCCUUUGCAGAAUGGCAACUACCAGAACCCUCCCCGUAUGAAGCGUGCGUUCCGCGAUCCUCACGCCGACUGGUGGGACAAGCAGGAAAGACGAAACUUUGGCGAGCCGGUUCACGAGGAGAACGAAAUUCUCGGAGUCUUCAGUCCUGAGCAGUACACCCACGUUUCCGCUCGCAAGGGUCUCUUCCAGGUUGGAUGCUUCAUUGUCACCUUUUUGGGAUUCUGCGGCGUCGUCAGCUUCUACUACCCGGACAAGCCUAGUGUUCCCAAGACCUUCCCUGGAGGCUUGGAGAAAGAGCUUGGAGGUCCGAAUGCUUUGCCGGCUCGCAAAGAGGGUGAGGACAAGUGGUAA